AUGGCGGGGUCAACAGCAGUAAUCCCACAGAGCAAACUAGUCCUCACGGAUCCAUCUGAAUACCGACCGGAAGUGCGUGACCCCAAGUCUUUCAGGGACUUUCGCAUUCAUUCCGUGUCGGACAAAGUCAAGAGGACCUACGAUCUCAUGCAUACCAACCAAACUGUGGCAUUUGUACAGGAUCGCAUGAAGCACUACCUCAAGUUUGACCAUGCUGAGAUGACUGUUAUGGAGAUUCUCCAGAAGCUGAAUGAGCUGGUCGAUGAGAGCGACCCUGACAUUGAUUUACCAAACUCCUUCCACGCAUUCCAGACAGCAGAAGGCAUCCGCAAAGUGCACCCAGACAAACCCUGGUUCCAGCUAACAGGACUCAUCCAUGACAUCGGAAAGAUCAUGCAUCUGUGGGGUGAGCCCCAGUGGGCCACUGUUGGAGACACUUUUGUUGUGGGAUGUGCCCCCGACCCCAGCAUCGUGUUCGGUGUAGAAAGCUUUAGCAAGAACCCCGAUGUCAAUGAUCCCCGCUACAACACCAAGUAUGGGAUGUACUCGCCCAACUGUGGCCUCGACAAUGUGCUCAUGUCGUGGGGGCACGACGAGUAUCUCUACAGGGUCCUAGCGGGCAACCACCAUGCGCUGCCAGACGAAGCCUUGUACAUGAUCAGGUUUCACUCCUUCUACCCCUACCACACCUCUGGGGCCUACUCCCACCUGACCAACGACAAGGACAAUGAAAUGAUCCCUUGGAUUAAAGAGUUCAACAAAUUUGACCUCUACACAAAAAGCCCUGAUUUGCCAGACGUGGAAGAGCUGACACAGUAUUACCAGGAACUCAUCGAUCAGUUCUUACCUGGGAAAAUCCGCUGGUAG